AUCAUACUCAAGGUGAAACUUAUUGCGAGAUCUUUUAAAUAAAGCUUCAGCGAUUCAAACAAAUCACACAUUUUCAUUAUGGAUAUCUCAUUCAAAGGGAAGCGUGCUCUUGUUACUGGAGCAGGAAGAGGCAUCGGUCGCGCCACUGCUAAAAGACUCGUCCAGCUUGGAGCAGCUGUUGUAGCCUUGAGUAAAACCAAAGAGAACCUCGAUUCGCUCAAAGAAGAGCUACCUGAGAUUGAAAUUGUACAAUGUGAUCUUGCUAAUUGGGAGGAAACUCGAAAGGCUGUUUCAGCUCUGGAAACAAUCGACCUUCUUGUAAACAAUGCUGGUUAUGGAGCUUCUGUCCCGAUCGGUCAAAUUGAUGAGCAACUCUGUAAUACACUAUUUGAUAUUAACGUGAAAUCAGUUAUCAAUGUAACACAAGAAGUUACUAGAAAAUUGGUUGCUGCUGGUAAACCUGGGUCAAUUGUUAAUGUAUCAAGUCAAGCUGGAAUUGUUGCUUUACCAGAUCACCUUGUUUAUGGUGCAUCCAAAGGAGCUGUUGAUCAAAUCACUCGAGUUACCGCAUUAGAAUUGGGACCUUCAAACAUAAGAUGCAACUCUAUCAAUCCUACUGUUGUUGAAACUGAUAUGGGUAAAUUAGGUUGGUCUGAUCCUGCUAAACGUGAAUGGAUGACAAGUAAAAUACCUUUAGGAAGAUUUGCGGCAGUAGAUGAUGUGGUUGAUGCAAUUGUUUAUCUUCUCAGUGACAGAUCAGCAAUGGUCAACGGAAUUACUUUACCAAUUGAUGGAGGAUUUACAGCAUGCUAAUUGUUCCAAAUGCAAAAAUGCUUGAUAAAAUAAGACAAAAUAAGAUGCAAAAGGCCAAUAUUUUCUCUGAAUUACAGAAAAAUAUUAAACGUAAUGUAGACAUUUUCAUUCUGUUAGGGGCUCACAUGUUUAUUACUUAAAUAGGAAGCUUAAUUGUUAAAAAUCGAGAAACGUUAAUAAAUAUUCACAGCAAAUAAA